AUGGAGAGGGGCGCGGUUGACUACGCCAUCAAGGUUCCAGUGCAGGCCCUCCGGUUCUGGGGCCGCAUGCGCGUGGUGAUGUCGUGCGACCAGGAGAAUGCGAUCGCGGCGCUGGGCAGGGCCGUCGCCGCGGUGCGCGGCGAGGAGACCGUCGCGCAGGUCGGCCCGAGGCACGACUCCAAGUCGCAGGGGCCGAUCGAGACAGCAGGCGGCAGGGUGCAGCAGCGCAUCCGCACCUUGGUGCGCGCCGUCGACGCUCACUACGAGGUCGAGGUGAAGUCCGGCGACCCCAUCUGCACAUGGCUGGCGAGACGCGCCAGCUGGGUUCUCACGAGGUCUUCCGUGAAAGAAGACGGCUCGACGCUGUGUCGACGUACCAAGGGAAGAGACUACCACGGCCAGAUCGCUGAGUUAGCUGCGACCGGGAUGCGCAAGUUGCCUGCUAGAGCGGCGGGCAUGAUGGUGGCCAGGAGGCCCGACGAGAAGAGGUGGAACAAGCGCCUCUUCGGCCAGAUCGCGCGCCCCAUUCGACCCGGACGCGACCCUCCGGGCGGCGGAGACGUCCUGCGGCCGAUGUACCUGACCAAGGCGAUGGUCGCUCGACUGGGCAGGGCGCCUGGCUGCCCUGCUUGCGACGAGACAGCAAAGGCAGUAACCGUGAAGAGGGGCCAGGCCGAGUCCGCGCAGCCGGCGGCCAGCGACGGCCAUGCCCCCCCUGCGCCAGCACCUGCCGCAGCAUCAGCCGCGGCACCAGCGCAGCCAGCUCGCGACGACGGAGCAGACGUCGAGAUCGCUGCGAGGCCGAAGAGACAAGUCUCAGGGAAGGAAGAAGCCCCUGAAAGCAAGAGGGCACGCACUAUCGGAGGUUUGCCCGCGUGCGUCGCACCGCUCAUGACCUGCGCAGUGGACUCGGGCGAGUGCGCAGCCGAGCCCGUCAACGACAACUCGGGAGCGCGCGAAGAUGCAG